AUGGAGAAUUCACCUCUUGAGAACACUUCAACCCCCCAAGCCCCUUCACCAUUGCCGGACCUCCCACCAUUCCCGGACCUCCCACCAUUCCUGGACCUCCAACCAAUUGCAAACGCUGCUCCGCCAGUCAUUACAUGUCCCUUGUGCAAAUGCGCCACCGAUUACAUUCAGACAUCUCAUUACCUGCUUCAAGAGGAGCAGGACAACGGUGUCGGGACGGGGAGGCUGGUACGCCGCCACUACAUCGACAUCAUAAGACAUACUGAAGAACAACGAUCACAAGAAGUCACGAUCCACGAAUAUUGCUGGUCAAUCGCCCGGCGCGUCUUCAGGAAGGAAUACUACGAUCAAGCGUGGAUUGAGGAAUUCAAUGAGCAUAUUGACUUUCUUCGCGAUUUCCUGGUCCAGACCCCCUUUCAAAAUGAGAUAGACACCCUUGAUUCCGACGUCUUUGCAGUUUUGAAAACAGAAAGUCCAGUCAAGAAAUAUCGAGCCAUGGCACACAUACCUUUGCCCCCAGAACUCUUACAAAUGGUUUACCGCUUUUUGGAACGUGACGAGGAUGUCGUCAAUCUCAAUUCGGUUUUGCCCACUGGGCCGUGCUCGGAACAAUGGAAGGAGCUAGGUGAAAAAUACUUACUUGGUGACGACUUGGACCCUGAGGCAAACGUGACGACUCUGAUUCAAAAUCUCCAAAGAAUGCCGCAGAGCCGCUACCCAAUGACUGUUAGUUACAGGAUCAUAUGGGACAAUAUGGAGUUUGUGCGAAAAUUGAUGGACAAUCCUAUCACAUGGCGAGAGUUGCCGACAAAUACCACGUUUCUACGACACGUCAGUUACGGCGACUUGAGGGAUCACCAGCACUUUUCCAUUCGGGUUCCCAAAGAUGCCUAUUUUUCAUUUAUUUUCAGGCAAGAAUCUGAUACGCAACGUCUCUGUGGUUUUAUGGUCAACGGCCUCUUAAUUGGCAGCGAGGAUGGGGAGUGGCAGUCGGUCCAUGCACUCACACCGGUUGGGAUGCGAGUCGCAUCUGCCGGAUAUUCCAUCUGUGGAAUCAAAAUCAAAGACAGUUUUGGAUGGCAAACAGCGUGGCAAGGUGAUUGUUUGGUGGCCAGUUCUCAGACGUCAUUUGAAUGGAAACUCGGGCGCGAUGAACUUGUCGUCUCGUCGAAGGACAUUGAGCUUGGUGUGGAACCCUUGCAGCUCAUUACGUUCAACGUCUGCAUCACCAACGGCAGCUGCGAGUCUGGCGACGCUGUCCAGACUUGGUUUGUGUCGAGCAACGGACUCAGAUAUCCUUAA